AUGUGGGUGGUCAGAACACGCAGCAUGCUCCAGACCUCAGCAGUCCCGAAACAUGAACAGUAUCGAAAUACCCUCGAUGCAUUCGUGAAAAUAUACCGACGUGAGGGCAUGGCGGCCUUUUACAGAGGCUUACUGCCUAGUCUUCUCGGUGUCUUUCAUGUUAUUGUACAGUUUCCUCUUUACGAACACUUCAAAAGCCUAACGUCCGAAUUCAGGCGUGGUGAUCCUUUAUCACCGAGUUCCAUCCUCUUAUGCAGUGGUGGCUCAAAAAUGCUUGCCUCGAUGGUUACAUACCCACACGAAGUUCUCCGCACUCGUCUGCAGAUGGUUCCAACCUUCUCUGAUCAAAGUGGUGUCGCUCAGCGUCAGUACACCAGUUUUAUGCAAACAAUUUUAUCGAUAUUGCGUCAUGAAGGCAUCUCUGGCUUUUAUCGUGGCAUGGGUGUAAAUUUAGUGCGCACGGUGCCGAACUCUGGCUUGACGAUCUUAACAUAUGAAGUCAUUAUGCAUUAUUUUGCUACACACUCGAACUAA